AACGCUACCGGCCUGACGAACAUUGCCUUGCUGUCACUAAAAUUGUUUAAUGUUACUAAUUUUCUGAUGCAAUAUCAAAAUCUAAAUUAAACCAAAUUGUCAGCAAGUGAAAGUGUAUUUCCCCUAUACUAUAAUAAACUCAUCAUGGACGCAGAAGAUGGCUUUGAUCCCACUUUACUGAAAAAGAAGAAGAAGAAGAAGACCACUUUCGAUUUGGAUGCGGCUUUGGGCCUAGAUGGCGAAGUUGGUAAGAAGGAUGAUGCUAAGGAUGAGUCCUUAGCGGAUGCAGGAGCCGCCGACCUGGAUGACAAUUUGGAAUUAGAUUUGGAGAGUUUCGGCAAAAAGAAGAAGAAAAAGAAGAAGCCUUUCAAUCUGGAUGACCUGGAAGGAGCACUGCCACAAGACGGGGCUGAAGAUGGCAAUAAUGUUGCUGGCACAGCAGCCAUCGAUGAGCCCGAAGAGGAGGAAAUCAAUUUGGACAUGGACUUUUCCAUGGCGAGAAAGAAGAAGAAGAGCAAAAAGAAGGAUCUCGAUGAGCUGUUUGCCGACAAAUUGGGAGAUGACAAAAAUGAAGACAAAGAGAAUGUCGAGGAUAAUAGUUCAACCUGGGCUGGUUCGGAUCGGGACUACACAUACGAUGAGCUACUGAAACGUGUCUUUGAGAUCAUAUUGGACAAGAAUCCCGAUAUGGCUGCCGGUCGAAAACCCAAAUUUGUUAUGCGUCCACCUCAAGUGCUUCGUGUGGGUACCAAGAAAACCUCAUUUGCCAAUUUCAUGGAUAUUGCAAAAACAUUGCAUCGUCUGCCUAAACAUUUACUUGACUUUCUAUUGGCCGAAUUGGGUACAAGUGGCUCAAUGGACGGCAACCAGCAGCUAAUCAUCAAGGGUCGUUUCCAGCCCAAACAAAUUGAGAAUGUGUUGCGUCGCUACAUCAAGGAAUAUGUCACCUGCCACACAUGCCGCUCCCCAGAAACGAUAUUGCAGAAGGACACCCGCCUUUUCUUCCUGCAGUGCGAAUCCUGCGGUUCCAGAUGCUCAGUGGCGAGCAUCAAGUCUGGUUUCCAAGCUGUCACCGGCAAACGUGCCGCCAUACGAGCAAAAACUACUUAAGCUAAACAACCAACAACUUGAUUUAACACUUUUUUUCGAUUUUUUAUUCAAUAUAAAAAAUAACCACUUAAAACUAA